UGCCAUGUCCGGCAUCGUUCUCACUGGGAUCGCGGCGUGCCGCCGCUCUAGUUUCUAUCUCGGGCUGUGGCGCGUCUCGUACCGCCAUCGCUGCGGCCUCUCGGGGUCGCUGGCGUCAAUUCAGCCGCGCCGCCGUAAGCACGACGGAUCAAAAACGGUGUCCGGCAAGUCUGAUGGGACGAAAACGAAGGAUCCCGGUAGUACGCGCCCGAUUUUGCCCAUUCAUAUGGGACCGGGUUUCAUCCAUGAAGGCCCGAAGGAGGAGCCAGGCAAGGGCGCCGGAGGGGCAGCGCCACCCAACCCUACGGAGGUACCCGCCGAGCGACGACCGGAGGCUCCGUUCGAAAAUAGCCCGGAGCUACCAAGCGCUCGCCCCUCGCCCGUCGAAGUCAAGCCGCAAGGUCCCAAUACCAUAACUUGCUUUUCGGAUAACCAGGAUUCGGGGGUCCAUUCCCCAAAUACGAUCUUCUUCCAACUCGGUCAAUUGGAUGUGAAAUCGUCGAACGAGGGAAAUAAUGAAAACUUCGAUGGAAAAUUUCAAUCAAAUCCUGCCCAACCUCCUGUUGAAUUUAUUAAUGAUCCGAGGUACGACAAUGGGCCCAUAUACUAUGAACUUGGUUCGGACAGUCAGACCCCCAAAGAUCCGAACAAUAAAGAUAAAUCCAAAGGUUUUAUCGGUUCUUCAGAGGAUAUUAUCUAUACGAAAUUUUUCCCAAACGAACCUGUAUCGCCUGAGGAACUGAGGAUAAGGGCCGCGCUUCAGGCUCUGUCCGAAGAAGAACAAGCGGCCAAGCGCAAGAACAAGCGCAAGGCGAAGGCAAAAUUGGACAAAACGGCUUCAAAGGAACCACCCAAUGAGGUGGAUGCCAAAGAGGAGCCCCACACCCCGGACUAUAUCCCAGCCGAAGCCAAAUCUGAGACCGCGUUUCCGUUGCCUCCAGUGCCUCCGCCUCCUUCAAUAUCCUCGGCACCCGCAAGAAGGGUUCCGCAAAACCCGGACAAAAAGUUAAGUUCCAAACCCAACCUGGAUAAGAAAGAGGCGGUAUCGAGGACAGGUGCUUCUAAUCAGAACCUCCGUAUAAAGAGUACGCCAGCAAGGAAGGCAGGUGCUCAGACCCCGUUCAAAUCUGGCACCUCGGCAGGCAACUCAGAACGAAGCUCCGCCAAAAACCAGGCUAUUGGCGUUAAUCCAAAGAGCUCCAGUUUUGAUUUGCCUGGAGAGAGAAAGACCGCUGGGCCUCUAAGGAAGACUGGGCAGCCUUCUUCCAGCCCAAAAACGCUCCAUCCAAAACCAUCAUCAUUCUCAACUCCGAGCGACAAGGAUCUCACGAACCAAUCACAACCUCCGAAGGAAAAAUAUUUUAUUCGUCCUUCAAACAACAACAAUUUCGGUCAGUUUUGGCGUCCCAAUGAUAGCAAAGAAGGGGCAGACCAGAGUGGAUAUCAAGGAGGUGCAUCUGGAUUUCCAGGUGAUGAGGCAGCAGUCAAUUCCGAGGCAGGAAACUGGCGGCUGCAGGAUGGCCCCAAAGGGAAGGGUACCCGGGAACGAACACCAGACGAAAUCGCUCGGGAGGUACUAAGUCUAAUAAAGGCCUCGCAAACAUCAGCGAGAGGAACACUGGAAACAAACCAAGCUAAUACAAAUGCCGCCCAACCAGUUUCGGAAAUCCGCAAUGACAAUCGGGAUCAGAGUAGUUCGGAGCUUUUCAAACAAAUUUAUGAGCACAUUCGAACUGAGGAGCAUAAACAGCCUGCCGAAGAAUUUCUAACCAAUGAUUAUGUCCAGAAAUGGAUAGAAAAGUACAAAGUGCAGCUUGAAAAAAAUCAGGCGAAGGACUCCGACGCAAGACCAAAAGUUAUAGUCAAAAAAACAAUGGAUGAACCGCGUCGCACGAUUCAGGCAGACCCGGACUCCCCCUAUGCUUGCAUGAAACAAGUUUCUCCAGAUUCCUUCAAGGACAAAACCGUAGUAAAGUCCACUGUCAAACCCAUAAGUAGCUCGGAUCUUAUGUCGGAUAGGGGCAGCCCAAUGAACUUAGUUGGUGUAGAUGCGAAGCCUGUCGAGUUUAUCCAUAAUGAGUUCUUAUCGCAGCAGCAGUCCUCCAACCAAAUAAUCUCAAUGUUUAAGGAGACUGGGGGGACCACGAAUCAAUUUUGGAAAAUGGGUUCCACCAAAAAGGAGGACAGUAAACCCAAAACCACUGAGGAAAUUGUGGCCAUGUUUAAGGACGACUCAGGAGGUGAUCAAACGAAAGCUCAAGAGGGCAGGGUAAGAGAGUUGUUCGAGCAGUUGGACAAAUUCGACAAGGGACAGGAUCGUUGGUGGACUCUAGAGGAUCUCUCAAAAGCGACCAAAACCAGUCAGGCUGAAGUCCGGGCCAUAUUGGCCUCGGACUCAAGCAAUAAAAAUAAAACCACCAAAAUCGAGACAUCCGAGUUUAAGUCCAGCAAAGAAACUGAUCCAGCCAAUAAAAAUAAUUCAACCGGAAUUUCCACAUCGGAGACUAAGUCUAGCAAAGAAGUGGAUUCAACGGAUAAGAAUAAACCAACUGGAUUAACUACAUCGGAGUUCAAGACCAGCAAAGAAACGGAUUCAACGGAUAAAAAUAAGCCGACUGGAAUCGCGACAUCGGAGUCUAAGACCAGCAAAGAAUUUCUUUCAAUGGCUCCUGCCAAUAAAAAUAAUCCAACCGGAGUUUCGACAUCGGAGGUUAAGUCUACCAAAGAAAAUAAUCCGAUCGGGGUUUCGACAUCGGAGGCUAAGUCUACCAAAGAAACAGAUUCAACUAAUAAAAAUAAUACGACCGGAGCUUCAACAUCAGAUGCUAAAUCUAGCAAUGAAACUGAUUUGGCUUCUAAAAUUAACCCAAUCGGAAUCGCGACAUCGGAGGCUCUGUCUAAGUUAGAAAAUCCACCUAAGAAAGAUCCCGUCCCAAAAGAUUCUCCCAAGGCAAGUCUUGACGACGACGACGAGGGCGGCAUAGAUCACUUUUCGGGUCUAAACGACCUAAACACUAAGAUAAGGGCGCCAACCUUAAAGGACCUCGUGGAUGAAAAGAUACAAGAGGAAGAAGAGGACAGGGCCAAGCUUCUCGCCAUGAAUUCCAAAAUCGAUGAUGAGGAUUUCGUAAUCAAAAAGGACGAUAAGAAGAAGUACAUGAAGGAGAUAGCUAAACUGAAGGAUGAACUCGAGGAGAAGGAAGACUACAAUAAGAAAAAUACUGAGUUGAGUAAAAAAAUAUCAUCUUUUAUGGAGGCCGCUGAGGAGAGGCGCAAAAAAAUGAAGGACGACCAAACAGCAAAGUUUUCCGGCUCAGAUGACAUGGACGAUUACCAACCAAAAUCUGAGCUGAUUCCAGGUGACCUUUACGACCCCAUUGCAAGCGAGGUAUCGUCCCAUUAUGAUGGCUCAGCAGAUGGUGAAGACGAUAACAAAUUAAUAGAGGACGAAAUGGAUCCGAAGACUAAAGGGUCUUUGGAUGAGACCAAAACGAAGGUUGACGAAAAAAAUAAAAAGCCAGAUACUUCUGAUAAAAAUAAACCCGAGCUGGACCGAGGAGAGCUGGCUCUAAAAUUGCUCGACAAGGAAACGGCGAAGCCUCCGGCGGAUGUACUACCUUCUCGUCCCUCUGAGAAGUCCUUUUUACAAAUUUUGUUUGACAAAUUUCUGGGCAGCAACAAGAAAGGUGACGACCCGAAGCGCAAAAUGUCCACGUACGUAGGUCGCCGCCACUUCAGUACUACCGCCACCUUGGACAUCCCCUCCCGACUUCCGUUCGCGAAGGAAAAGAGCCACUGUUCUCUGCAGGAACCAUUGCUACCUCAGUCUUCCUUUAACAUGUUCAAAAAGAAGGACAAAAAAAAGAAGUCAAAGGACCUAACUGAGAUCCAGGGCGGCUCGCCACUCUGCAAAAAUCCCAAGAAAACGCCCCGGGAACUGCUUAAGGAGAAAAACCAGAGCCGGGACAUCAAGAUCUUGGGCGGCUCUCCUCCCUGUGCCGAGAAGUUGGACUCCCUUGAGGACGACGACUGCAAUACCCAGAAGUUUAGUAACGGCGUAUCGGGAUUUGCCCGCCAGAUUUGGCUUUCGAUAUUUCCAGAUGCAAUAGACCGCUCCACCAAGGCCAAGUGAAAUUGAAGUGACAUUGCGGAUUGGACGUCAUCCUGGCUGCGUUUCUUUCUGGACGUGGAUACAACAAUCAAGGGAAGUCGAACUGAUGGUACUAUCUUACUGGGAGCCUGUAAAUACAUAUAUUAGGAUGAUUGUCCGGGAUUACCAAAAUUACUGCAACGAUCGAGAAGCUGCCUUGAAGUUACCAGGAUUCUUUUAAAAUUAAAUUACCAUUAAAUAGCUUUAAAUAUACGAAAUGUUAUUUUAUGCCAAUAAAAUUCAUUGUUUAAUCCGAAAA